AUGAAAUAUUCCUGUGUCUCUCACUUCGUUCAUGAUCAACUGUUGCUCACUCAUAGGAAGUACAACAUGUCCCAAUAUGAUUAUCCUCAAGUGAUAGUGUUUGAUCUAGAUUACACCCUAUGGCCAUGGUGGUGUGAUUGUCACAUUUCACCUCCGAUCCAGAAGGUAAAUAACGCUCGACUCACAGAUGAAUCGGGCACCAGUUUAUCAUUGUUCAGGGAUGUUGAGUCCAUUUUACUCGAACUAGCAACAAAAGGGAUUACCAUAGUUGGGGCAAGUAGGACAGCUACUCCUGAAAUUGCAUUGGAGAUUCUUUCAUUGCUUCACGUAGGUGAAAGACCAAUGAUCGAUUACUUUAGUUCUCUCCAAUGGGGCCAAGGAUCAAAGAAGCGACACAUCAAACAAGCUCUAAAGGAACUAAAGAUGGAAAAGUGCCUUGAGAAUGGGAGCGUUAUUUUGUUCGAUGAUGAAUCUAGGAAUAAAGAUGUGUGUUCAAUUAAUUGCCAUUUUGCUUUGAUUACGGACUAUGAGUCUGGUCUCACCAGAGAUUUCUUCGAACAAUCUUUGAGGGCUUGGACAAAAAAGAAAGGCCACUAA